GAGCGUCGGUGCCACCGCGCUUCACACGCCGGGACAGGAAACUGUGAGACAUCUUCGUGUUGGUGCUGCAGACCCGAGCUUCAUCCUCUUCAUCAUGGCCGAGCAGUUUGUUGGAAACUGGACUCUGACUUCCAGCGAGAACUUUGAUGAAUACAUGAAGGCAAUCGGUGUGGGCUUCGCCACUCGGCAAAUGGGCAACAUGGCCAAACCCAACCUGGUGAUCAGCGUGGAGGAUGCUGGGCUCAUCUCCAUGAAGUCCGAGACUACUUUCAAGACCACAGAGAUCAAGUUCAAACUGAACGAAGAAUUCGACGAGACCACCGCAGACGGCCGAAAAACCAAGACCAUCUUCACUUUAGACAAUGGCAAACUCGUGCAGCUGCAGACGUGGGAUGGAAAGAAGACGACACUAGAGCGAGAGAUUCAGGAUGGGAAACUAUCAGCUAAAUGUAUCAUGGAUGACGUUGUGGCAGUGAGGACCUAUGAGAAGGCGGCUUAAUUCCCUUUUGUGUUCAAAGUUGUUCAGCCUGGACCCACCUGUUUCAUUUAAAAACACUCUAAAUGCACUGAGCUAUUGCCAAACUUGUCAAUAAAGUCUGAACUGUGAUACUAAA